CCCGCACACAACCCACAACCCCUCCCCAACCCACCACCGGCGGCGGCGCAGCGCGAGGAAGAGGAAGCGAAGAUGGUGAAGUUCCUGAAGCCGGGCAAGGCGGUGAUCCUGCUGCAGGGCAGGUACGCCGGGAAGAAGGCGGUGAUCGUGCGCGUGUUCGAGGAGGGCACCCGCGACCGCCCCUACGGGCACUGCCUCGUCGCCGGCCUGGCCAAGUACCCGAAGAAGGUGAUCCGCAAGGACUCGGCCAAGAAGACGGCCAAGAAGUCCCGCGUCAAGGUGUUCCUCAAGCUCGUCAACUUCACCCACCUCAUGCCCACCCGCUACACCCUCGACGUCGACCUCAAGGAGGUGGCCUCCGGCGCGCCCGACUCCCUCACCUCCAAGGACAAGAAGGUGGGCGCCGCCAAGGCCGCCAAGGCCAAGCUCGAGGAGCGGUUCAAGACCGGCAAGAACAGGUGGUUCUUCACCAAGCUCCGCUUCUAGGCCAGCCGUUUGACCGGUCGCGCAGGGUUGUCUCUGCCGUUACUACUACCCGAACCCUUUACAUUUUUAGUUGCUUGUUAUCGGUGACUGUUGCUGCGCUUAAGAUGUCCUGUUUUGGUAUUGCCCAUGAAGAAGACUCUGUUUAGUGUGGAUCUUAUGAGAUAUGAUGAUGUUUCAUGUGUUGAAUCAUGUGAAGAAUAGAUCUUUGUUGGAAUUUUGUUGAGCGUUAUUACUUCUUGAGAUA